UAUUCCGUCAGUCGCGCCUUGGUCACACUACAGAUUUACAGAAAUUUGGUUUUGGAAAAUUCCCGAAAUUGCUGCUGAGGCUGGAACCGAGUCCAUCCCAGCACAACCCCAUCCAAAAGCGUAAGCCCCGCAAGCAUAUAGGACUCUAGAAAUAUGGCCGACGAUUGGGAAUCCGCAGCAGACAGCGAGGUGGUCAUCCGGCCGACUGGUGCCGCCAGCGUAAACAAGUGGGAGGGCGAGGACGAGGAUGAGGACAUCAAGGACAGCUGGGAGGACGAGGAGGAGAAAAAGGACGAGGAGAAGCCCACGAAAACAGAAGCCCCAGCCAAACCGAAGCCAAAUAAGGCGCUAAAAGCCAAACUGGAACAGCAGGCGCGCCUAGAGGAGGAAGCAGAGGUACAACGUGUGGCCAACCUAUCGCCUGCAGAAAAGUUGGCUGAGAAGCUGCGAUUGCAAAAAAUCCAGGAGGCCUCUGAUCUCAAGCAUGCCCAGGAGGCGUUUGGCGUGACGAGUACGUGCGGAGGCCUAGACGCCUUCAACCCGGAGAGCAAGGAGGAGUUCAAGGAGUUCGGCGCAACGCUCAGCUGGAAGGUGUCCCAGUUCCGCGAGUCGGAGCACUUCCCCCAGUUCGUUGAGGAUCUGGUGCGCAGUCUAUGCGUGAAUCUGAGCGCCGCUGACAUCAAAAAGGUCAAGAUGAACGUGGAAAUCUUGCACUCGGAAAAGCUGAAGCUGGAAAAGGCCAAUGCCAAGAAGCCCGCUGGAAAAGGCAAGGGCAAGGUCACUCUCCGCACCGAAAACGACGAUAUUGACGGUUACCAAAAGUACGGAAAUGACUUCACCGAGGACUAUGACGACUUCAUGUGAAUUUAGCCCGCAUAUAUCUAAUUAUUGAAUACAUAGUUGCUUGUUGAAGAGUUCUUCUUGUUAGAGAUGCUGCGCAGGAAUAAGAGUCCUUUGUUAAAUAUAAAACGGCAGAACCUAUAUAAAUAUGUACAUAAAUAUAUAUUUAUAUGACCAUAUAGAACACAAAACGAGUUACGGAGUCAAGUCAGGCAAUCAAGAAACCUCAACGAACAUGCAAAACCAACUCCAAAUCGAAAGAAAAUUUAGGCAACUGACUUAUGGCAACAGCAUAUGUAUGUAGGUCGUAUUUGGGAUGGCUUCUUGUGAAAUUCAUUUUUGUAUAAAGAAUAAAACUACAGAUCGAUAUUAAACGAAA